GCCUCACUUUCUCUUUCUCCCUCCUCUUUCUCCUCCUUCCCUGGCUGCGAUUCUUACUUUCUCUAGGUUUCUCCGCAGUAGACGAAUUUGCCAAGCCUUUUCCUACGAAACUUAUUCUCCUCGUUCAAUCUUGGGUCUCUUCAAGUCUAUUCUCAGAUCCGUGUUGAAGAAGAAAAGGGGUGCUGUAAAUUCAUUGUCUAUUAUGUUGAAAAAAAUGAGGACAAGGGAAUAUAUUGCCAGUUUUGCUCUUAUAGGUGAGUAUGUCAAACAAUGCUAUGCGUCAGUAUGUUAAGAAUGCACUGCUUUUUUCACUAUGUGUACUACUUCGGCAAGUCUUACCAAAAGAUUUGGCUGAUGCUGCACUAGCCUGGUACUUCUAUGUACUGGGGAUCUUUGCGCUCCCGGGUAUAUUCUUACCUGCAAUUAGUCGCUUUCUCUCUUCAAGACUAUGGGAAGAUGAAGUCUAUGUUUUCCUGGGGCGUGUACCAUACUUCCACUGUUUCUCUCUCUGCUCUCUCUCUGCUCUCUCUCUCUCUCUCUCUCUCUCUCUCUCUCUCUCUCUCUCUCUCUCUCUCUCUCUCUCUCUCUCUCUCUCUCUCUCUCUCUUGUGUGUGUGUGAGAGUUGCAACUAUUUGUUGCGGUCUAUUAGUUAUGUUUUUACUUUUCGAGCCAUUUUAUUUUUCCCUUGUUACCUAUGUCGCUACCUGCUGCAGAGUAACUCCGUUUUACUCCUUUUAUGUGAUGAUGUGAUGAGGUUGGUUCCACAUGUUAGCACCUUUAUCCACUACAUUAGCCCUUUUGUAUAUUGUCUUUUCUGGGAAACUAGUUGAAUAAUCCUUGUAGUUGUAUGCUGACUACCAUUGUUGAUCGAUGACCUUAAACUUUAUUUGCCCAGAAUGAUGAUUAUUUUGUGCUUGCUUAAACAGAUGUGGAGGUCGAGUGCAGGUUGUCUUAUGUAGUAGCAGCAAUCCCGGGAGCAUUUCUAUGUGGAUGGUAUGCUUUUCAGAAGCAUUGGUUCCCUAACAAUGUAUUGGGCCUUGCAUUCUGCAUUCAGGCUAGGGAAGUCAAAGUGUAGACGAGUACUUGCAACACAAUUUGGGCACAGAUGGAACACUGUUUAACAUAGAGAAGUUGGGAACAUCUUGGAACAUGAUUUGAGUAUUGAUCUGUUGAGGCUGGAGCAGAUUAUAUUGAAUGUCUGGAAAGAUGUGCAGGAGCAUCCUUUAGUUAAUGAUAUGGCAGGGACUGUAAUGAGAAGUUGGGAAUUAUUUUGGAUUCUCGACUUUGAAAUGAUGGUAGUUUUCUCCUAUGGGAAUUGAAACGCUUUCUCUGGGCUCCUUAAAAAAUGGAUGCUUUCCCUUAGUAAGAAUAUAAAUCUCAUACCAUCAACUAGAUGUCAAUUGUGGAGCUCAACUAUUUUCGCAUGUGAGGCUUUAUGAAGAUUAUGUAAACAAGUUUUAACAGGUUUGGGUUCUUGGGAUACCUUUUCAUUGCAGGUUGGUCUUUUCUUGUAUGACAUAGUCUGGGUGUUUUCGCAUAUAAAUCUCAUACCAUCAACUAGAUGUCAAUUGUGGAGCUCAACUAUUUUCGCAUGUGAGGCUUUAUGAAGAUUAUGUAAACAAGUUUUAACAGGUUUGGGUUCUUGGGAUACCUUUUCAUUGCAGGUUGGUCUUUUCUUAUAUGACAUAGUCUGGGUGUUUUUUGCCCCGGGGAUGGUUAGUGGUGUCAAAUCAUUUGAUACCCCAGUGAAGCUUCUAUUCCCAACAGCAGAUGCUGCUCGACCAUAUUCCAUGCUUGGACUAGGGGAUGUCGUAAUUCCUGGCAUAUUUGUGUCAUUAGCGCUUCACUUUGAUGAAUCAAGAAAAAAGCACUUCGGAUACUUCUAUAGUGCAAUCUUUGGAAGAAUGCACCUAGGAUACUUCUAUAGUGCAUUCUUUGGUUACAUCAUUGGUAUUUGUCUGAUGAACUGUUGUCAGGCUGCACAGCCAGCCCUUCUGUACAUUGUACCAGCUGUAAUUGGAUCUUUGGCGGUUCACUGCUUAUGGAAUGGGGAAGUGGAGGAGCUGUUGGCGUUUGACUUAUCUAAAGAUCAAGAGCUAUCUAGUAGGCAAAAGCGCAAGCACUCUCGUGGAGAGAAGGAUAUAGGCAGGAUUUCAAAUAUUUCAGCUGUGAGCUGAUCGGGGGCACUUCACUCAAUUAUUUUCAAAUAUUUCAGAAAAGUUGUUUUCCGUGUUAGAAAUACUAUUAUUUUGUCCAUCAUUGUUGCCAAGUGUCAUUUACUCACAAGACUGAUGCUAUAAUUAUUAGAUUUGCUCAUUAUAUGCUUAUAAGUAUCAACUUUGUACUUGGAUCACAUAUCAUCGGUUUCGUAAUGGGAUUUUUCUUUGUUGCUA